AUGAGAGUCAUUCGAUUUUUUCUCUUGUCAACCGUUGCUCUUGCGGCACCACAGUCCUCCAACUGUCGUUGUCGGCCCCAUGAUAGCUGCUGGCCUUCCCGAACGGACUGGAGAGCUUUGAACAAUACCCUGAAUGGCAACCUGGUAGCAGUUCGUCCGGUCGCAUCUGUUUGCCACAAGUCGAGCUAUGAUGCGACAGCAUGCAAGGCCGUGACGGCCCUGUGGUCCGAUUCAGCAUGGCGCUCUUCCCAACCGGGAGCGGUUCAAUGGGAGAACUGGGAAGCCUGGCCUCAGCAUCAUCAGGCAUGCUACGUGGACUCGCCCCGGAACAGCCCCUGCGAGCAAGGCCGCAUCUCUCUGUACUCUGUCAAGGCCCAGAGUACAUCCGACGUCCAGAAGGCGGUCCAGUUCGCAAGCAGCCAUAAUCUUCGACUUGCCAUCAAGAAUACCGGUCAUGACUUCCUCGGCCGCUCUACAGCACCCGAGUCGUUGCAGAUUCUCACCCAUGAGAUGAAGGAUAUCGAGGUCGUGGAAAACUUUGUGCCAUCUGGCGGAUCCAAUGGUGAGGGCCCGGCAAUCACCAUUGCGGCGGGCGUGCAGCUGCCAGAGAUGUAUGAGGCCGUCGCAAAGCACAACAGAACGGUCGUCGGUGGUUCCUCACACACUGUGGGUGCAGCUGGAGGAUAUGUUCAGGGCGGAGGUCAUUCGCCCUUCGGGGCUUGGGGUGGCUUAGGUUCGGACAAUGCACUGGAAUUUGAAGUCGUGACCGCCAAUGGCUCCGUUAUCACAGUGAACGCAUACCAGAACUCGGAUCUUUUCUGGGCGCUUCGAGGCGGUGGUGGCGGGACCUUUGGUGUCGUCACCAGCGUCACGUUGCGUACCUUCGACGAAGUUCCUGUCGUGGUAUACAAUUUGAAUAUCACCACUGCCGCAAAUGAUCCGCACUUUUGGGAUGCCUUUAGCGCAUGGCACGGUGCUCUGCCAUCGCUUAAUGACGCCGGCGGCUCGGGCUACUACUUUGGGUUUCCCAUCAUGCCGCUGGACGCGCAGACAUCGGUCUCGACUAUUAUCGCCUUGCUCAUGUUCCCCGGGAAAACAGAUCCUUCUGAGAUUGACCAACUGUUCCGACCACUGACGGCCAAGUUGCAACAGAUAUCCGGGGUCAGCACUGCGAAUUUCUCACUCCCUCUCCCGACAAUGAACGAGACCAUCUUCACCCUAUUGAUCAAUGGCAAACCAUCAGACAGCACCGGAAGUACCGCAUUGCUGGCGUCGCGUCUGUACUCCAAGGACCUUUUGAAAUCAAAGGAUGGCCCCGACCGCCUGGCCAAUGCCUGGAAGAGCAUUGCAUGGAGCCCAUAUUCAGGAUUCACAGGCCAUGUGGUUGCUGGCGGCACCGUCGCUGCUAAUGCGGACAAAGUCGAUAGUGCAGUGAACCCGGCCUGGCGCAAGACGGUCACCCAUUUGCUCUUCUCCAGAGGCUGGGAGACCAAUGCAACCUUAUCCCAGCAAACGGCGAUCAUCAAGAACAUGACGGAUGUGGAAAUUCCUAUCUUGCGAUCUGUUGAAGGUGCAGACCAGAUGGGAGCCUACCUAAACGAGGCUAAUGGUUAUGAGCCCGGGUUUGAGCAAUCUUUCUGGGGUAACAACUACCCCCGUCUGUACAGCAUCAAGCAAAAAUGGGAUCCUGCGGGGCUGUUCAUUGCUCGCAAGGGAGUUGGGAGCGAAGACUGGGAUGAUGCAGGAUUAUGUCGAACAACCCUCAAGAACAGUAGCAAAGCAUACGAGCUUUAA